AUGGUUUCCGAUUCAAUCUCCGCCGUGCCGAUUCCCUCCGCCGCAAACACUAAGAACCCCGGGAAGAAGAAGAGGACUAACAGGUCCGCAAAAUUGAAGCAGUACAAAAUCGAUGCGCGCCGCGAACAAUGGCUUUCGCAAGGUGCGGUGAAGAGCAAGGGAUGCAAGGACGGUGUGGACGACGACGUCGUCCACGCGCCGCCGCCGCCAGUGAAUCACGGCAAGCACUCGUUGGAGCCGCUGAACACCAGGCGCGGAGGCGAAGAGGACGACGGAUUGAUUCAUCACGAUAGCGAUUCAGAGUCUCCGACCAAUUGUCCCGCCGGCGUAUUGUGCGGCAACGAUUCGGGGACGAAUUUCACCGGCAGCAGUAGCGGCGGGAGCAGCAGUAGCAGCAGUUCCAGCAGCGGCGGGUGCUGUUCGGGGAACAUUACCGAGGAGGAGGAGGAGGAGGAAGGCGAGGACGAUGAUGAUGGUUGCUUGGAUGAUUGGGAGGCCAUGGCAGAUGCUUUAGCCGCCGAUGACAAGCACGAAAACCCUUGUUCUGAUUCUCCCCCUGUGGUUUCGCCUUGUGAAGGGUCCAGUAUAGGGUCUCCGAAUUCAAAACCCGAGAGUGGUAGAUUGGUUCCUUGGGGCACUGGUAAUAGCCGAGCGUGGAGGGCAGAUGACGCUUUUCGCCCUCAGAGUUUACCCAAUUUGUCUAAACAACACAGUAUGCCGAACCCUGAUCGCCGUUGCGUAGGAGGGGUCCCUUGGGGUCGUCUUCCCACGCCGUCCUCCUGUCCUAUUUGCUGUGAGGAUCUGGAUUUGACGGACACGAGUUUCUUGCCAUGUUUCUGUGGGUUUCGGCUUUGCCUCUUUUGCCACAAGAGGAUCCUGGAGGAGGAUGGUCGUUGUCCCGGGUGUAGGAAGCCUUAUGAGUGCGACCCUGUUGAGACAGAAGCGAGCGUCCAUGGAGGCAGCCUCACUCUUCGUUUGGCACGUUCCUGCAGCAUGAUCGAGAGGUCUUGA